GCGCUAGAUACAGGAGCUUACUUCGGACAUCAUGGUGAAGAUUGCGUUUAGUUCGCCCUUCGCGGGCAAGAAGCCUAGCAAAGACGCCGAGGCCUUAGUGGCUGAAACGGAUACUGAAUUUGCUUCUCAAGGGACCGAAAAUUCAACUGGAAGAUGUCUGCUUACCCUCUUGGGUCUUGCUUUCAUAUUAGCUGGUCUAAUAGUUGGUGGUGCUUGUAUCUAUAAAUACUUUAUGCCCAGGCACAAGAUCUAUGAAGGAGUAAUGUCUUAUUCAGAGCAGCAGCAUGAUCUUGCCGAGGAGCCUUAUUACCUUCCUGUCUCAGAAGAAGCUGACAUCAGGGAAGAGGACAAUGUUGCACUGAUUACUGUUCCUGUACCAAACUUUUCAGAUAGUGAUCCAGCAGCUAUACUUCAUGAUUUUGAUAGACUUCUGACAGCCUACUUGGACUUGCAGCUCCAAAAAUGUUAUGUCAUUGAUUUGAACACUUCCAUUGUCAUGCCACCAAGAAACCUGCUGGAUUUGUUCAUUAAAUUGGCUGAUGGCUCCUUUUUGCCUCAAACCUACUUAGUCCGGGAAGAUCUGGUAGUGUCAGAGAAAAUUGAUGAUUUGUCCGAACUGGGUAUUUUUAUUUACCAGCACUGCUUUAGAAGAGAGACAUAUAGGCUGGUCCGCAGAGAGCAAAUAAUUGGUCUGCAGAAGAGAUCUGUAGAAGAUUGCAUCACAAUUCAUCAUUUUGAAAAUGACUUUGUGACAUCAACAAGGAUUUGCAACUAAUCAACUAAAGUAAAUCUUCUAUAAUCACUAGAGAUGUCUUGCUGUUCGACUUCUCAAUUAAAAUGUGCAUUGAUAAUCAAAAUUAUUUGUUCUGAUGCAUAGCUGUGUGCUACCACUUUUUUUUGUUAUAUUUCCCUGUGAGCACUAUGGGUAUUAGCCUGUAUCUUUAAAAAAAAAACUGUAGAUGUUAAGAGAUGUGCAUUUGCACUACUGAUAUAAGAUUAGAGAACAUCCGAGCAGUUUCAAAUGAGUUAAGAUACAGAUUGAGACCCUUUUCACAGAUGAGGUUUGUUAAAGUGACACCUCUGUAUUUAGAUUUAUAAGAUUUAGUAAAUGGAUCUAGUAAAACAAUACAAAAAUAAAAAAAUGAUUUAACUUCUUUAGAUGGUGGAUGCAAUAAAGUGUGUUCUUUGCACAUUCUCUCUAAAUCUACUUAUGCCUUUUAUGGAUUCCAGUAUAACAUUUUGAAGCACGUUGCAUUGUUUGCCGCAACUGUAUUGAUUUAUUAUAUAUAACUAGCUUUCCAAAACUUGUGCUUGUUAAACAUAUGUUUCCAUUUUAUAUCUUGAACAAAAUGGGUGGUUUUAGGGAUUGGACUGGCAUAUGAAUAAGCAUUGAUUUUUGACACUCAAUAAAAAAUAGCCAAGAUGUGGUCGAUUUAUCUAAAUAUGCAGUUACGAUUGAAUUAUACCUUGUGUUUCAAUCCACAUUCAACAAUGAGUUUGCGUGUAAGAAGGAAAAUCGUCACUCUCUAUAGCAGGAUUUAAUUAGCAUUAUUUUUUAACAGAUUUAUGUUUCAACUGGUCAUAUGCACGUGUAAAUAUAAAUAAAUAUAUAUAUAUAUAUAUAUAGAUAAAAUGUAUACAUCACCCUGUUGAUUCUCAGUGCUGAAUCUACAACGUUCUGUCAGGUGUGUAAAUGUAGCAAAAUAUUUGAGUAAUUACUCAUCAUAAAUGAUCCUAAUGGUAAUUCUUUAUUUUAUUGCAUAAACCGUAUUGGGAUCUAUUAUCUGGAAUAAACUUUUUAACAACCCCAAUAGGCUUGCAUCAAAUACAAAUUUGGGGCCAGAUUAUCCUGAAUGCUGAGGACCUGGGGUUUUCCGGAUAACAGAUCUUUCCAUAAUUUUGAUAUUCAUACCUGAAGACUGCUAGAAAAUAAUGUAAACAUUAUUUGGAUAAAACGGAGUCUUUAGGAGAAAGCCUUUUCUGAAUAGCUGGUUUCCGGAUCGUGGAUCCCAUACCUAUUAAAAGUAUCAAAAAAAGUAAAUUUAUCAAAACUAGUGUCUUGUUUUUUUUUUUAAAUAGGACACUGUAUGAAAUGAAAUACUCGAAAUACUUCCGAGUUUUUCUGAAUAGUAGAUCCUAUAUCUGCACAUUUGAAUGGAUCAUACUGCUUUUGUCUUAAAACCUAUUGUAAUGUAAUGUGUAGUGCACUUUUAUAGUACCUAAAAUUGCAUUUCCCUGCUUUUUGUUACACAAGCUAAAAUAACUUCCCGGAAUGAUAACUUUGUAUUUCAAAGAAACAUUUCUAAUAAAGCAGUUUGAAAUUAUUAAA